GCGCCCAAUCUGCGGCAAAACAGGGGGGCCCUCCGGCUCUUUUGCCUGCCCACCCGACAUCUACGCAGUACCACUGCCCCUUGCACCACAUAGUCACCCACUGUCGCAGCGGCGCCCUCCAUGGUUGCCCCGCGCUCCCCACGAGGGAGCUCCAGGUUCUUCCCCAACCAUCGGGUCCCGUCACGGCGGGGCCGAAGCUCGGAAGCUCCCGAGCCACCAGGGGCCAUCUCACACCCUGUGAACCGGUUCACCGUUCAUCUGGGGCCAGCCAGCAAAACAAACACUCUUUGGCGUACACUACAGAUUUUGCACCCUUAACUCUCCGUGCUCUCCACAAGCAAACAUUCACGCCCUUGUUUCCCUGGCCGUGAUCUACCUUUUAUGCCCACCAUGACCGUCCGCUCGCAGAUCGCUACCGAGCCCUCACCGGCCGCCGCUGCCACCUCCAGUGCCGUUUCGGUUCAACCGACCCCAGAGCCUUCCCGUGGUUCUCAGGAGGAACAGGAUCUGGAUCAUCAAGGGCAAGGGAAGGAUGACAAACAUGACGAUCGCGAUCGAGAUACGCCCAAGUUUCCACAUCCCAAGCUUCGUCUCGAAAUCUGCGAUCUCGACCAUCCCGGCGCCGUCAAGUUCCUCGGUGCCGUCAACGCGAGCACGCUCCUCUCCGAUGCCGUCAAGAACGUCCAGCGGCUCUUGUACAGGUCGCCAGCAGACAAGCACACGACAUGUCCGCCGACUCGGUCCGUAACCGUUAUCUUGCGAGACAUGGGCGGCGUGGCUUAUACGACUGGGACCGACCUCGACCCCGACCACAAAGAAAUCCACUUCUCUCUCUCCUACAUCGCCGCCCACAUCCCCUCCACGCCACCCUCUCGCCUGCCUGCCGAAAUCACCGGCGUCCUCACGCACGAGCUCGUCCACUGCUACCAAUGGGACGCUCACGGCAGCGCGCCGGGAGGACUGAUCGAGGGUAUCGCGGACUGGGUCCGGCUCAACUGCGACCUGAGCCCGCCUCACUGGAAGCAGGGGGACGUGAAGAUCGAUGAUCCGUGGAAUAAAGGGUACCAGCACACGGCGUACUUUUUGCAGUACCUUGAGGGCCGCUUUGGGGAGGGGACGGUAAGGCGCCUUAAUGAGGCGUUGAGGAGCACGAGGGAGUAUGAAGCUAGAGAGUUUUGGGUAGGUGUUCUCGGGAAAGAGGUGGAGGAGUUGUGGGGGGAGUAUUGUGGGAGUGUAAAUGAUGAUGAUGCGAAGGGGAGUACCUGACAGGCGAGUGCGAGAGAGCUGGGACAGAGCGAUGUAUUUACAAGCUAGCGAUGCAUCCGGCGAUUACCCCAUAACCAUUUCAACUACGAGUGUUUUGAUUGGAUAUGGCUGUCUUAAAUGCGGCGUAUUGCAUCUAUCAAAAGUGAUGUUGAGCUACAACAAAAUGUUUAUACUAUUGU